GCGCGGGGCUUCCCGCAGCCCAGCGGACCUCGAGGCACGCGUGGGAGGGUGGCCGGGACCUGGACCGGACCGGGGCGGCCGGAGCGGAUCUGUCCCCCGCAGGAUGUCGGGGUCGCGCUGCCAGACGCUGUACCCCUUCUCCGGGGAGCGGCACCGUCAGGGACUGCGUUUCGCCGCAGGGGAGAUGAUCACGGUGCUGCAGGUGCCGGACGGCGGCUGGUGGGAAGGGCAGAAGGAGGAUGGGCUGCGUGGAUGGUUCCCGGCAAGCUACGUGCAGCUGUUGGAGCAGAAACCCAGAAAGGCAACUCCUCAGACAGGAGAAGAUACCUUGAAUGGCCAUCUUCCCCCUGGCUGGCAGAGCUAUGUGUCUCCCCAGGGUCGAAGGUACUAUGUGAACACCUUCACGAAUGAAACGACCUGGGAGCGGCCAAGCAGUGUGCCUGGGACUCCAAAGAGCCCUGUAACACAAAAGAGUUCUGCAGUGAAUGGCUACCACACCUCUGGAACUCCAGUACACCAGCUCGACCCUGGUCAUAUGAGCCUCCGAAAAGCAAGUGGGGACCCUCAGACCCCGGGGUCCCCGGCGGCGCCGCGGCGGCAGAGCAAGGAGAGCAGCCUGACGAUAAACUGUGUGACUUUCCCCCACCCUGACGUAAUGCCAGAGCAGCAGUUGCUGAAACCUUCAGAGUGGAGCUACUGUGAUUAUUUCUGGGCUGAUAAGAAGGAUUCACAGGGGAACAAUACAGUAUCUGGAUUUGAAAUUCUUCUCCAAAAGCAACUUAAAGGGAAACAAAUGCAGAAAGAAAUGGCAGAGUUUGUUCGAGAAAGGAUAAAGAUUGAGGAGGAAUAUGCUAAGAACCUGUCCAAACUGUCUCAGAAUUCCUUGGCUGCUCAAGAAGAAGGCACGCUAGGAGAGGCUUGGGCUCAGCUAAAGAAGAGUUUAGCUGAUGAAGCAGAGGUUCAUCUAAAAUUUUCUUCUAAGCUUCAAAGUGAGGUAGAGAAACCCCUGCUCAACUUCAGAGAGAACUUUAAGAAAGACAUGAAGAAGUGUGACCACCAUAUUGCAGACUUGCGGAAGCAUCUGGCCAGCCGCUAUGCAGCAGUUGAAAAGGCCCGGAAAGCCUUGACAGAGAGACAGAAGGAUCUGGAAAUGAAAACACAGCAACUAGAGGUGAAGCUCAGCAACAAGACAGAAGAGGAAAUUAAGAAGGCAAGACGGAAGUCCACUCAGGCAGGGGAUGAUCUGAUGCGCUGUGUGGAUCUUUACAACCAAGCUCAGUCCAAGUGGUUUGAGGAAAUGGUGACAACCACUCUGGAGCUUGAGAGAUUAGAAGUUGAAAGGGUAGAGAUGAUUCGACAGCAUCUUUGCCAGUAUACACAGCUGCGACAUGAGACAGACAUGUUCAACCAAAGUACAGUGGAGCUUGUGGAUCAGUUGCUUCGGAAAGUGGAUCCUGCCAAAGACAGGGAACUGUGGGUAAAAGAACACAAAACUGGAGAUAUCCGACCUGUGGACAUGGAAAUAUAGACUGAUCUGUACUUGUAUGUGAUGAGUCCACUGAAUUAACCAGGCUCGUGUUUUUUGAGGGUCAGCAAGAGCACAGGGAAAAGGUUGUUCCAUUACCAAACACCUUGUAAUUUAUGCCUGUAUGGGCUAUCUCUGUUACAUUUAGUCCUCAUUGUGCUAAGACUUGCACCAGACAUUCCAGGAUGAAAAAAACAGAUGUGUGCUUCCCACCAGAGGUUCCCAAUUGCACGCAGCUUCCAGAAGAAAUCUGCUUUCUGGUACAGAGAGAGCUGAAUUCUUCAGUGACUUUGUGCUACACCCUGUGCAUGACUAUCUUUAUAUAGUAUGUUAGAACAACCAUGCAGUGAGCCUCUGGCCAGCAGGUAGAUAACUGUCUGAACAUGAUGCAGGAGGUAAGGAAGUCCUGAUCAUGAAUCCCAGGUCUGUCACUGACUGCUUUCAUGGCCAUAGGCAAGUCAAUUAACUUUUCUGGCUCCCCCAUCUAUAAAACACGCUUAUCUCACAGGAGUGUUCUCUGAAUACAUUUAUUUCAUAACACAAUUCUCCCAAAAUCUAUGGGGAAGACUCCUGUUCUUCCUGUUUUACACUCCCUCUCAGGGAUACAUAAACCCGUUAUCAUCAUAAUUUCUGUUCUCUGGCGAUCAAAAGGGUUGAAGGUGUUACCAUCACUGUUAUUUAUCAGAAAGUCUUGGUUAUGUUAUACCUACCUCAUUAGCUGUCUGAGUGCCCUCAAGGACAGAAAGAGGUUAUAGGAAUAAAUGGUAUGUUCAAAACCUUUCCUGCCUAUGCAGGGUGUUUUCUCACAGAAUCCCCUUAAAGGCAGUCCACUAAUAUUUUAUUUGACUUCCAGGUUUGAGUUGCCUUUUGUUGGUUCCUUCAGGUGAAUAUAACAGCCUUUAGAUAUCUUUAAUAAUCAAGUUUGUUGAGCUGAUUUGUGAGGUUUAUAUUUUUAGCAUGAUUUUCAAAGGUGCCAUGAAUCUGUGAUGCUACAUUUCAUUAAAUGUAGAUGUUUGUACCCAGCACUUCUUCACCAUCAGGUUCUUAUCCUUAGCUUUUUCUUUUGUGACCCUUACUGCAAACUACCAAAAAUUCAACACUGCUUUUGACACAUAGUGUAAUGUAGUUUGGAGACUGGUUUUGAAAAGGUAUUCAGUUUCUUCUCCUGACAUUAUUUCUGAUUGAUUAUUCAGAUAUGGUGUUCAUACACUUUUCAGCAUUUCGUAUAAUGCCAAGAUUUAUUUAGGUACAGCAGAAACCGUGAUUCUCACCACUGUGGCCUUUACUUAGUGUUUACUAUCUUGUUACCUAAAAGUUCCCAAACUGUAUUAUUUGACUGGAUGCACAGUUACACUGCACUUUAUGCUACUAUACUUUUUUCCUCAGCAUCAGCAUUGUAUCCUUCCUUUCUGUUACUGCUAUUCUAGUUUGUUUGGUUUUUUUCACCAUCCUCAAAGUGCUGUGAUUAGAUCAUUGAGAAUAUUCAUAGAAUUAUAGAAUUGAUUUUGAUUGGAAGAUACCUUUAAGAUCAUCCACUCCGACCAUUAACUCAGCACUGCCAAGUCCACCACUAAGCCAUGUCCAUAAGCACCACAUCCAGGGAUGGUGACUCCACCCCCUCCCUGGGCAGUGUAUUCCAGUGCCUGACCACCCUUUCAGUGAAGGAAUUGUUCCUAAUAUCCAGUCUAAACCUCCCAUGGCACAACCACAGGCCAUUCCUCUUCUCUUGUUGCUUGUUACUUGACAGCAACCCCCCCUGGCUCCAGCCUCCUCUCAGGGGGUUGCAGAGAGCCACAAGGUCUCCCCUCAGCCUCCUCUGCUCCAGGAUCAACACCCCCAGCUCCCUCAGCUGCUCCUGGGUAGACUUGGGCUCCAGACCCUGCUCCAUUCCCUUCUCUGGACACACUCCAGCCCCUCAAUGUCCUUCUGGUCCUGAGAAGCCCAGAACUGACCCCAGGCUUGGAGGUGCAGCCUCCCCAGUGCCUAGCACAGGGUGACAAUCCCUGCCCUGCUUCUGCUUGCCACACUAAUGCUGAUACAAGCCAGGAUGCUGGUGGCCUUCUUAGUCACCUGGGAACAUGCUAGCUCAUAUUCCACUUCUUUUGAUCAUCAGCCCCAGGUCCUUUUCCACCAGGAACUUUACAGCCACUCUUCCCCAGCCUGGGGUGGUUGCCUGAGUCACUUGGUCUUUUUGAAGGUCAUACAGUUGGUCUUGGCCCAUGGAUCCAGCCUGUCCAGGUCCCCCUGCUGAGCCUUCCUACUGUCAGGCAGACCCAUACUCCUGCCCUAUGUGGUGCUGUCUGCAAAUUAUUGAGGGUGCACUCUAUCCCCUUGUCCAGACUAUUGAUAACCUUUACAAAUCCAGAGACAUAGACAAGUCUUAUCUAAAAUUAAUUUUUAAUAAUUGCUGGAGUGAUUAUUUUUCUGGUUUGUCAUUCCAGACUGAUUUUACCUAUUGUUCUCUUCUCUCGGACAUCUUUUUACGAGGAAAGAUUCAAUCCUAUAUUGUAGAUGUUUCCACAGCCCAUUUCUCUGUUGCAUCAUUAACCUUUAUAAACCUUUGCAUGUUGACAGGUGCAAUGCCACAACCAGUCAGCAUUGCUAUUUCUGGCGUGACACCUCCUGUCCUACACGUCUGAAUUUGUGACUGCCCUUAUUCACAGUGUUAGGCAUGCAGCACACUGUUAUAUGAGCCUUCCCUAAGUUCCUGCAAAAACCAUUGCAAUACAAAUGAAGCGUGGCUUGCCUAAGCUUUGUGUAGCUCAGGUAGUAGAGUGCAUGCUGCAUGCACUUCUCUAGAUUCCUCUUUUGCUGCUCAAGCAGGGAAGUUUCAGUAUGAUCUCUAUCUUUCAGUCUUCUUUUGAUUUAUUCCGUGUCUUGGUUUUGAGGGUUGUUUUGGGUUUUUUUGGCACUCUAUACUUACCCUAUUUCUACCAUGCACUUUUUUCUUUUAAAGAACAGAUGCAGGAUGAGCUUUCAAAACUUCCAAGUAUCAAAAAUGAAUGGAGCUGCAGGUCAGGUUGACCCCUGUAAUUUAGGCUGUAUUGUAAGUCAAAAUAAGCACUCUUGACACCUCACCACAUUUUUGUUUCAACUGUAAAACCAUGCUAGUUGUGCACUUUAUACAGUAUUGUCCUUAACAAGUAUCUGAAAUAAUCUGCUUUCAAUUGCACUUUAUUCUUCCUCUUUCUUUAAGGGUCUUUUUUAUUUUAUCUGAUUUGGACUGGAAUUAUUAUAUGUUAGCACAGUUUUCUCUGAGGACUGAAAUCCAUUUUCAUUCCCCUACUAAGGUGUAUUUAAGCUGCUCUUAAUUCUUCAUUGUAUUUUCUGGUAAUUAUUUACCCCUGCUUUAUUGUUUUGGGGGGUUUGGGGGGGGGUUUAGUUUGGUUUGGGUUUUUUUUUGUCUUUUGGUUUUUGUUUUGUUUUUUUCCCCCAGUAGUUUUCUUACUGCUAGUUUUUCAUCCAUUAGGAAUGUUGCAGGAAUGUGUGAGCUGCACAAUGUGAAAUUCUCCUGAUACAGAGUCUGUAUCUCUUCUUCAUUUCAGUAGUCUGGGGAGAGCAUUUGUACCUAGCUGUUAAUCUUACCAGGCCCAGCAAACUCUCAUGUGGGGCUGCUCUGCAAUGGGUGAAAUACUUCUACAGUAAGAGGAAGUUUUGCUGUUGCUUGCAGUUUUCAGCUUAUUUCCUGCAAAGGAUGAUGUUCCUUUGUGAUACAGAACUGCAUACAGGAGUAUCAGUGUUACUGUCUCAUUCACUUCUGUAUCUCAUGUAUCCUGGACAGUGUGAUGUUUUGUGCUUUGUGAUUUCCCACAGCUUUGAAUCUGUUGGCUGUCUAGUACCAGUGCUGGAGAGGUGCUUACCAGCCAUAACCUCAACUACCAUACAUAAUGAGAAUAUUCUAUUCAUAACCCCUGCCUAUGUCUUUAAAACCAUCUUCUAGUACUGUGUACACAAUAGAGAUUCCGUGCUAGAAGUCUUCUUCUAAGGCAUUCUUUCAGCUUGUUUCCUAGCAGAACUGAUGCUGGAUCCAGUGCUGUUGGCUGAUUCCUGUUGGAGUAGAUGAGCUGAAAGCAAUGAGACUUUUACCACAUGGGCCAAGUGACUCUUCUCCCAUCACUGGUAAGAAUCUUGUUGCUUUCAUAGAGCAACAUCAAAAAAGGCCUAAUUAUCAGAUUUCCAGUCUGCUCCAAAUUUACUCAAGUCUUAACUCACAUUUCUGUAUCAAAUCAGUUGUUCCCUUAUAGGGAUGUUCUUUCAUUAUUUGACACUGGGAUCUUUAGAGAUAGCUUUAUAUUUUUUAAAUGUUAAAAUAUUGAACCAGCAGUGAAAGUCAUAUGGAAACUCCUCUUAUGUCUCUCAAAAGCUUUUACCCUGUUGCAGCCAUGUCUGAGCUGCUGUUGGGUAGCUGUGCACCACCUCAUGUUGUACAGUCACAGUAAACACUGAAGUUGUUCUUCCUUCCAUGCAAACUUGUGCUCUUGCUCUCUUUACCCUUUAGGCAUCUGAGUGGUUUUGUGUUGCAGAAUUAGCUGCUGUUUAACUGACAGCCCCAUGCUGUAAAUAAGUGUGUGUAGCUGUCUUGGGAUGAUGAACUACACUGAGAUUACCUCUUUUUUCUUGAUGUUGUUUUGGUUUUUCUAAUGGGAAUUUUCUGUGAAGCAUUCACAGAAAACUUUUAAAUUCUCAGUAGUAGUUGUAAUUUCUCAGACCUUCUCAGAACCUCUUUACACUUGUCCCUGCUUUUAAUGUCAUAAUUUAUAUAUUUGCUGCAAGUUAGUAGAAAAGUGCACUGUUCUUUUCACCUGCUCCUUGGAAGUGCUUUUCACUCAGCAAUUUCUUGGAAUACAACAAGGAGCAUGUAGAUGAUAAGAGACUUUCAAAAUCAGGCUAACAAAUGCACAAGCCUCUUUUUUCCAUAGUUGUUGGGUACAUGUAUGAAGUCAUGAUUAAGAACUGAGAACCUCAAAUACUUAAUGUAUAAGACAUAGUCCCUUCAUGUGCGGUUCUCAGCAGCUGCACAAGUGAAUGUUUGUCAGGGUGUGGGCAUGGGCCUCCAGCUCACCUUCUGCCAUGGCUGUAAAAACCCAAAUUUAAAAUUAAGGGGAAAAGUAGCUCUGCCCAUCUAUUUCUUCAGUCACAGGAAGAAAAAGAACACUGCUUACCUAGGUGGGUCCUUCAUUAUCAAGCACCUUAAGAAAUCCAGACCAGCACCUUGAAGGUCCCCUGGAACGAGUAGAUGUGACUUUUUGGUGUGAUCAGUUGAUUGUCACCUUCUGAGUUGAAAGCAUACUUGCAAUUUGAUUGUGCUCUUUGCACUCAUGCAGCUUGCCAGAUCUGUUCCUAGAGAUGGCACUCACAGUCUGGUGUCCUGAGGCAGUCCUGGUGACCCUUAACAUUUCCAUUCUGCAAAAACUAGAUUUUCAAAAGACAGUUUUCAAAAUAAUGAGUUUUCCUAAUCUCAGACCCUUCUAGAAAGCCUGUUGGGUUUUGGCUAGCCAGCAUGUAUUGAAAUAGGAGGAUGAGGUCACAGAGGUUGCUGUGAACAGUUCUGGCCUCCUGUAUUCUCACAGUGGUAGGGAACAACUGAUGAGCAUCCUUUGCACAGCAGAGAUGUCUGCCAUUUUACCAGAGGAGCCUUCUGGUCACAUUAUACUUAACCAGGUGCACAGUAGUCACAGGUAGAUUAAAAUUAAAAACAGACAGAUAGGGCUGGAAAAUAUUUAUCUACCCCAGUGACAUUUGAGCUUCUCAGCACAAGGCACUCAUCUCCCUCAGACCCCAAUGGAUCCAGUAACAGGCUCAUCACUCUCCAGAUUCUGCUUAGCACAUGAAAAUCAGUCCGAAACAGUCCCUUGUAUCUAUUGCUUGAUGCAGGACUCUCCAAGUAGCACCUGCUGGCGGGAGACCAAUAUGUGGCAACACCACACUGGUGACAGCAGAAUGUUUUUUGGCCUUUAGUAGUGCUGUGAUGUUCUGCACCCUUGCACUGAACUGACCUGAGCUUGGAGCACGCAGUCUCUGUGUUGCAUAAUGGUGAUGAAGUCUGUUCUGCCAGAAGAUCCUCAUCUUUUCCUGAGAAGCACUAUUGUGUAAAUAAUUUUCAUUGUUUUGUCUUAUAGCAGAUCCUAUUCAUAAAAGCAUUCAUCUUUUAAUUCUUAUUUUUUCAUUUUCAUUGUUACUGUAGCUAGCCCUCCACCACUGAGGUACACCUGUUUUCAGGGUCUUUUCUUUCAUUUUAAAUUUUCAUAGAAGGUUUCCGUUGCUUUAAUGUGCUGACCAAGCUUCAUCCUUUUGAAUGUUUUCUGAGAGUGGUAAGUGUAUGCUUUUUGCAGGGGUUAUUUUGGUUUUUCUUUUGGAAUUUUAUAUCAGCCACUGGCUUUGAAAGCGUAAUGAUUCCUUUUUGUGAUAGUCACUUUAUUUUCUUAUACCCUUCCAUGACAGUUUUUCUGAAGGGACCAACACAUAGCACAAUUUGACUUAAAUUUCUAAUCCCGUGUGUUCCUCAAGGCAGAAACCUUUCAUGCCUAAUGAUGCACCUGAUUCUAAGCAUUACACAUGAAUAAAGUCUUUUAUAAAUCAGUAAAAAAUAGGUCUUAUGUUAACCACAUAAUUAUGACAGAAAAUAUAUAUGAGUUUGAAACAUUCAAAUUUAAUUCCCUCAACUUAUAUUAAGUUGAACUAUUUCAGGUGUGUCAUUAGAGGCAAACUCUGGAUAUUCAGAACCAAAGCUUUUCAGCUCCAGUAUUCAGGUUCAGUGAGUGGACAAGACUGUAAUUUUGAAUAUAUGCAGUCUUUCAGAGCUACUGAUUUAACAAGUAACUUGAGUAAUGACUGGUAUCACAACCCUACUAAAAUUCUGCUAGACAUUCCCCUUGAAGUGCCUCUUUAAAUUGUGUCUGGUACAAGCAUGUAAAGUAGAGUUUCACCCUACAAAUUUCCAAAACUCAGGAGCAGUCAGUAUGCAUAGAUCUGUGCAGGAUUCUCAGCCCUCCUUCCUUGCUCUGCACUGUGCAUGCACUCUUUUAGGACAUCCACUUAUCCAAUAGACCUGCAUUUCUCUCACUGACCAUUUAAUGUCCAGCACAGUCAUCCUAAAUUCUCAAUGCCAAAAAUGGAGUAAGAAAUGUAAGACUUAAAAGGAACUGCAUUUGAUGGAGUGUUGCUCACCUAAUCUUCAGUAUAGAGGUUUCAGCAGAAUGAGCAGGGAAUUCUGCAUAAAAAUAGUUGGGUAAGUGGCAUUUGAGGCCUAAGUAGGCCUUUAUUGUGUAAAAUAAAAAAACUUUUAAGUAGUUUUGAGAAGAAAUUUUCUGAUAUUGGAAGUCUAAAGCUGAUCAGUGAUUUCAGGGAUCUCACAUAUGGAUGACAUGAUAAUCUUAUUGGUAUGAGCUGAACUCUCUGGAUGUGAUGACUGAGAUUUUCAGAAUAGCCUAAGGAGUUUGGAUGUCCAUUUAAUAUUUUUUUACUACAGCAGGUCAAAAACACUCUCUAGGGACAGCAACCUGUAUAUAGUACGAAAAAAAGCAGGUACUAGUUUGGGAGAAAUAUUUUCUUCUCCUCCUUAGAUGGUUUCUUUUGGCAGCCCAAGACAGCAUGAAAAACGCACUAGUUUUGCAGACAUUCUAACAGCCGGGAUUCAGAGGUGGGCCAGAUCACCAGUCACACACUAAACCAGAAUUUUAUACUAAAACAAAGUUGCUUAUUAUUAUUGUGUAACUUUUGCUAAGUACUUCUAAAUUUCUAGCAACGUUGUCUUUUGCCAGUACUAAUAACUUAUUUUUAAAGAUGUUUAACCAAAACUUUGUAACUUUCCACAAAUUCUGGAUUAAUAGACCCCCUACAAUAGUUUAUGUAUCAUGCAGCCUCUGUUUGGGUAACUAAUAAAUCUUGGAUCAUUGUGCAAAUUACAGGAUGGUUUUUGUUCCAUCAGGGUACAUGAAGGAAUCGCUUACUGAAUUUAAGAAGUUGAAUGUAGGAAAGAUUUAAGGGGCAGAUCUUCAGCUUGGGUAAACUGUCAGAGUUCAGUGGAAGCAACUUUGUCAGCUUUGGAUCUUGUUCUUCAGUGUUGACAGUGUUUCCUAUACAUAAUUUUUCUGUCUUACUGUAAAACAAUUUCAUAUGGUUAAACUGUAUUUUCCUAUAUUGUUCUGCAAGUUUAUAUGCACCACAGUGCUCAUCUCAUCUUCUGUAAAAUAAACUGUACAGAGACACA